AUGGCUCCUCAAGUCUGGCUUGUGAUUGGAACUUCCUCUGGUCUCGGCGCUGAGUUCGUCCACGCGGCAGUGGCUCGUGGAGAUAAGGUGAUUGCCACGGCUCGCAAUGUGGACCGCAUUGCCCAUCUCAAAGAUAUCGGAGCUGCAGUCAUGCAGCUAGAUGUCGCGGCCUCGAAAGACGAGCUCGAUCUCAAGGCAGAAGAAGCCAUUGCCAUAUAUGGCACGAUCGACGUGCUGGUGAACAACGCCGGGUACACGCAAUUCGGAACAGUCGAAGAGUCGAGCAACGACGAGUGGUUCAAACAGUUCAACACUAACGUCUUUGGAACUUUGAACACCACUCGGUCUUUUCUUCCCCAUCUGCGAAGCAAAAAGGCCGGUACCAUUGUGUUCAUUGGGUCCAUGGUCGCAUGGGACGGCGUGCCAACCGUCGGCACAUACUGCGCUUCAAAAGCCGCCAUUCACUAUGCUGUCGAAUCUCUCUCCAAAGAACUUUCCCCCAUCGGCAUCAAAACCCUCCUCGUGGAGCCUGGCACAUUCCGCACCGAGCUCCUCAACGAACCAAACUGCAAAUCGGCGAGGACCAAAUUCGAGGACUACAGGGCCCUGACGGAAACGGUGUCGAGUGGGUUCCGCACUCUGAAUGGAACCCAGAUUGGCGAUGCCAGGAAGGGCGCUGAAAGGGUCAUCGAUGUGGUCAAGGGGCAGAAUGGCACGGCUGGGAAGGAAUGGCCGAUGUCGCUUUUGGUGGGUUCGGACGCUGUUGCGGUUAUUCGCAAGAAGUGUGAGGAUACCUUGCGGCAGGUGGCGGAGUGGGAGGAUUUCUCGAAAAGUACUGAUCUCUAG